CAUGUAAGCACCUUAUUUUAACAGCGAUUUUUGCUUUUUGUAAAAUGUUUUAAUGGUAAUCAACAUCAUGCCACAAAGGCUUAACUUGUUGUACCCGGAACAUUCCUUUGAGCUUACAAAACCAACACAGCAGCAAAUUAUUCACGUCAAUGUUUAACAACUAAAGCAAGUUUUUGUGAUGGUAAACUGCGCAAAGACCUCAUUAUUUUUACUCUCCUCCUGCACUAACUGGGUACUUUGAAGAACAUCUUGUUUCAGCAUUGCACUCCCACGCAGAGAAGCGCAAAGCCUCUUUAGUUUGGCCCACAGUCUCCGUGUCUGGCUGGCAGAGAGAAAGCGCUGCCUGGAAGGGGCUGGAGGGUUUGCUCGUUUCCAGUUCUGCCCAUUCACUCUCAAGGAGGAGGAACGGGAGGAAAGCGCAACCAGUGCCUGUGUGUGUGCGCCCACAGCUUUGAGACCCACAGUCUUCAGAUCAGAUGCUGAAACCUUCACGCCAAUGAAAAGCUACUAAAAUUUCUACAAGUGCCCGUCCACGCGCGACAGAGAGGACGGAAAUCCAUAAUUUAAAGGGAGUGACCCGAGUGCUUGCAGAAGCGCUCACAAGCCCCGCUGCCAACGAGGACGCGCUGUCAAGUCCCUCAAGAUUUUGGAUUAUGACAUUAUAGCAACUACAGCAGUGGCUGUUUGAGAAACCUCAUUUUCCGGGCUGAGGAUGAAGAGUUUUGUUCAACACCACCAUAUGGAAGAGGAGACGGCAGUUCGCUGGGUCUGAGUGACAGGAUGCGCUCCGGCUGACGCGCUUUCUCCAGACUCCAAACAACCGUGUGGAUUCAAAAUAAAUAAAUAAAAACUCACAAAGAUCUGAGGAGGUAACUGAACAGACUAAAUUGUCUGAGGAUGUAUUGGUCUUUACUGCUGGUGACUUUAACGGGACUGUCCGUGGUUCGCGCACUAACGGAAAGUCCAUGCGGUUCUAUAAUCACGAUCAACAGAGCCGGAUACGUGACCUCGCCUGGUUACCCGUCUGGAUACCCUGUGAACCAGCAAUGUACCUGGCUGAUCCAGGCGCCGGAGCCCCAACAGAAGAUCCUCAUCAACUUUAACCCACACUUCGAUCUGGAGAGCCGGGAGUGCAAGUAUGACUUUGUUCAGGUGUUUGAUGGUGCCGAUGAGAAUGCUUUCUCUCCCGGGAGGUUCUGCGGCAAAAUUGCCCCAUCUCCGAUCAUCUCUAGUGGAAACUCUUUACUCAUCAAAUUCACCACAGACUAUGAAAGCGCAGGAGCUGGAUUCAGCAUCCGCUACGAAAUACACCGCACAGGUACUGAAUGUUCCAGAAACUUCACUGCGCCACAUGGGGUGAUCCAAACUCCUGGUUUCCCUGACAAGUACCCAAACAACCUGGAGUGCACCUUCAUCAUCUUUGCACCUAAGAUGGCAGAGAUCCUUUUAGACUUCCAGAGCUUCGAUAUGGAACCAGAUACAACCGCACCUGUUGGGGCCGUAUGCAGAUUUGACUAUCUGGAGAUAUGGGAUGGAUAUCCAACAGUUGGGCCUCAUAUUGGUCGGUACUGUGGUUCCAGACAGCCAGGCAGUGUGAUCUCGUACACUGGCAUUCUCUCUCUCAGCAUCCACACAGACAAUGCCAUUACCAAGGAGGGCUUUUCAGCCAAUUACAGCAUCCGAACAAGCUCAGGGCCACCCCAGCAGCACCAGGGUGAGUGUAUGUCUCCUUUAGGGAUGAAAAGUGGUGAUAUCACAGAUGAUAGAAUCACUGCAUCAUCCCAGUAUAAUCCCAGCUGGUCUCCGCUGCGCUCCAGACUGCAUUACCCUGAAAACGGCUGGACGCCAUCGGAGGACUCCACCAGAGAGUGGAUACAGGUGGAUUUGGGUUUUCUGCGGUAUGUGACAGCCAUAGGAACACAAGGUGCCAUAUCAAAGGAAACAAAAAAAGCGUACUAUGUUAAAACAUACAAGAUCAGCGUGAGCUCGAAUGGAGAAGACUGGAUCACCCUGAAAGACAAAAACAAACAGAUGGUGUUCCGUGGAAAUCAAAAUCCCACAGAUGAGGUACACGCCAGACUGCCCAAACCCACCCUUACCCGUUACCUACGUAUACGACCUUUGACCUGGGAACAGGGCAUCUGCAUGCGUUUUGAGGUGUAUGGCUGUAAAAUAUCAGAUGCUCCAUGCUCCAGUAUGUUGGGAAUGGUAUCGGGUCAGAUCUCUGACUCUCAAAUCUCAGUGUGGCCGUCGGCAGAGAGGGGCUGGCUCCCUGAACAGGCCCGGCUGCUGACCGGGCGGACGGGUUGGGUGGUUGCUCACCCGCAGAAUCUGGGGAAGAACCAGUCACUGGAAUUAGAUCUGGGAGCCCAGCGCAUGGUAACGGGCCUCAUCCUGCAGGGAGGGAAAUACAGAGAUGCAAAUAUUUUCAUCAGACGCUUUAGAGUUACAUACAGCACAAAUGGAACAGACUGGACCUAUAUCCAGGAGGAGAAUAGCAACAAAGUAAAGGUGUUUUGGGGUAAUCAGAACCAUGACACACCAGAAAUGCGUACGUUUCAACCAGUGGUGAUGCGUUUCCUUCGUCUCUAUCCUGAGCGUGGCACCACUGAUGGCAUGGGGCUAAGGCUGGAGGUUCUGGGGUGCGAUCUCUAUGAACCCACAACACCUCUUCCCUUCACCACCACCAUGGAAACUACAGCAGCUGCCAUCACUAAUAUUUCAGGGAAUAUUCCAACAACUACCAUCAUUCCAAUGACAACAGAGAGUUGUGAUGGUGAUGGCAACUGCCAUAGUGGUCCAGAUACAGACUACGAACCAACAGCAUACGUCUGGUUUGCUUGUGACUUUGGCUGGGCUGAUAAUCCCUUCUACUGUGGGUGGAGUCAAGACGGUGGAGAAGGAGCUGAAUGGCACAUAAAAAAUAAUAGCAAACAUGCUGAUCACAAACUACCUAACCUGGACCACACAGGCAUGCCUCACAACUUUAUUUACGCUGCUUCCAACACCAACACACAGAUGAAGAUUGAAACGAUAACAGAAGAAAGUUUGGCAAGGAAAGGAAAUGUAGCAAGACUGGCCAGUUUGUCCAUCACAGCACCAGAUUCAGACAUGUGCAUGUCUUUCUGGUACCACUUCACUGAGAAACACACAGGAACACUUAAUAUCAAACAGAGGAUAGAGCGAGGAGAGGAAGAGGGGGUGAGAGAAGACACUGAGCGUCUGAUACGCUUUGUAAAUGGGCAGAUUAAAAGCAGAUGGAGGGAAGCAAGAGUUCUGAUUCCCAGUGCCGACACAUCUUAUCAGGUGAUUAUCGAGGCUCAAAUGGAUCCUACAGAAUCUGGUUAUAUCUCACUGGAUGAUAUAAAAAUACUGGACGAAGUGGAUCCAGAUGAAUGCAUGGACCCAGAGGAUACAGAGGUUGAUGAGAAUGAAGUUGAUGAGAACAUGACUUGUGAGGGGACUGAUGACACCCUGUGGAGUUUUGGUCAUGGCUCCAUGCUAAAGAGCUUAGAUCCCAUCCUGAUCACCAUCAUCGUGAUGAGCGCAGUGGGGGUUCUGCUGGGUGCUGUGUGUGGGGUGCUGUUAUACUGCGCAUGCACUCACACUGCAAACAGAAACCUCUCCGCACUGGAGAACUACAACUUUGAGCUGGUGGACGGAGUCAAACUAAAGAAAGAAAAAUUCAACGCACAGAAAUCUUACUCAGAGGCAUGAGGAAUGCUGAACGAACACACGAGAAAUUGCUGGACAUGUUGAAGGAACGUUUUUAGAACGCUCUACACAAGGCUGAGACUGAGUCGCGUUGUUCUCAGGAUGUGCAGGAAGAGGGACUGGCCUCUAGAUGGCGCUAUGUAUAGAUUGUACAGCCAGAUGAUGAUUGUCUACUCGUUUGUUUGUUUGUUUGUACACUUGUUGCUGGUGAUGAGACCAAGACAAAAAUAUGUAUCCUCUCACACAGUUGGACAUUUUUUUUCGUAAGUCAGAGCUGUACACAACUGGGUUUUCAGUGUUAUUGUGCUCUUGUGUGUGCUUGAAAAUGUGUGUUUGUUUUGUUGGUAACUCACACUUCAUUCCAGUGGUGCCUUUUAAAUGUGUUUCCAUUGCCAUUUCACACAUGGGUUGACCCUGCACCUCUCCACCACGACCCGCUCUACACAGACAGUCAUUUGCUCUUGAGCACAAACUGUUCUCCCACCGGACGCUGCCUGUCCACAAACCCAUUAUAAUUCAGAGGUCAAUAUUUACAUGUAAAAACAUUGAGGCUGUGUCUCGUUUCGAAGGCUGCGUGCUAGGUAGGACGCGUCCUUUGAAGGCUGCAGUAUACUGAGUGUCCUCCUUUAAACAAUUCUCGUUUAAACGAGACGGCCUUCGUAAGACAAACGGAAACGGAUCGUAACAUGGUUACUAUGACAGCACCUACAAUUAGAGGGUUUAAAAGCAGAAAUGUGAAGCUUUUGAAACGGUGAAUAUUUAAACGUUCAAACUUCAAUUGUAAGUGCCUCACUGUAACCCAAAUUUUUGCCUUUUUACUCUUUAACAAGCGCAAGCAUUUUGAGUGAGACGGUAACAAAGUCCCUUUAGAAGGGAAUGUAUGAGGUAAAUUUUAGGAGAGUUAUAAAGAUGUAAAGAGAAAAGAAAAUAGAUUUUACAGGUGUACUUUUAGUCUAAUACUUUAUUUUAAUUAUAUAUUAAUAUAAUUAUACAUAUUAUAUACUCUGCACCCAUCUACUGAGGUACUUCAACUUGGGAAUUAACAUUACUUGCGUUUCAACAUCAUAUUUAUGGGCAAAUUGGCGUUGUUAUUUUUUUUAGACAUUUCCGUUGAAGCAAAGAAUUGUGGGUUGUGAGUGCCCACAAAGGAUACACCUCAUGCAUCCUCUGAAUUCCCGUGAAAGAAGGUCGCAUUUGAAGGCUGUAUUCGAAGUGUCCUACUCGCUUUUAUGAAACGAGACAGCCUCGAUGACGUAUGCGGCCGACAAAUGCGACCUCCGGAGGACGCAGCCUUGCAAAUGAGACGCAGCCUGUGUGUCCUCCAUCGUCACUUGUUCUGCCAACACAGCCCACAAAAAAGUGAAACACACCAUUAGAGGAAAUUAAUAGUUUCCAAUAUAUAGUGAACCAAAAAAUUAUUUGAACAGUUAAAGGAAUAUUCUGGGUUCAAUUCAAGUUAAGCUCAAUUGACAGCAUUUGUGGCAUAAUGUUGAUUACCACAAAUAUUUAUUUCGACUCAUCACUUCUUUUCUUGAAAAAAAAAAAAGCAAAAAUGGAGUUAUAGUGGCACCUACAAUUAGAGGGUUUAAAAGCAGAAAUGUGAAGCUUUUGAAACGGUGAAUAUUUAAACGUUCAAACUUCAAUUGUAAGUGCCUCACUGUAACCCAAAUUUUUGCCUUUUUUUUUUUUAAAGAAAAGGAGGGGCAAGUCAAAAUUAAUUUUUGUUGUAAUCAAUAUUAUGCCACAAAUGCUGUCGAUUGAGCUUAACUUGUAUUGAACAUUCCUUUAAGACUAAAUUUAUAAAUUUUAUUGCAUUAGAUAACAAAAUUAUUCAAACAAAUAGGCAUUUAUUUAAAUAAAGGUAGCACACACACAUUUUUAAAGCAAAAUAUUUCACAAAAAUAAGUUUGUUAGGUUUUCAAUUAUAAAACAAUAUGUAUAUAUAUAUAUAUAUAUAUAUAUAUAUAUAUAUAUAUACUGUUAAAAAUUGAGAUAAAAUGUAUUUGGACAAUUUCUAGUUGUCAAACAUUAGUGAAACAUGUUCAUAGUUAAUGUACUGUAAUGGCAACAACAACAAAAAAAUCACUAAGAAAAGUAAAGUUAGAAAAUGCUUAAGAUAAUUUUUUGCAGAUAACCCAUAUUUUGUUACCUAAUGCAGUUAAAUUCAUAUAUACAUUACUGUGCAAAAGUCUUAGGCACAUAAGAUGUUUCACAAAAACAUCUGUCUUAAGAUGGUUAUUUAUAUCUUCAGCUAUAGUGUCAAUAGGAAAUAUACAUUUUAGACUCCCAAACAUUACUUUUGCAAAUAUGACAGAACAGAAAAGAAGAACAGGGAACCCUGCAACAGAUGGCAUGACCCCAACAGAGCCCCCCACUGAACAUCGAGUCAGUCUGGGAUUACAUGAAGAGAUGGAAGAAAUGGAGACAGCCUAAAUGGAUAAAAGAACUGUGGCGAAUUCUCCAAGAUGCUUGGAACAUCCUAUCUGCCAACAACCAAGAAAAACUGUGUCCAGGUGUACCUAGGAGAAUUGGUGCUGUUUUAAAGGCAAAGGUGGUCACACCAAAUAUUGAUUUAGCUUGUUUUAUGUUUACUGCACCUUGUAUGACAUUAAUUGAUAUAUGAAAACUAUAUAUGGCAUUAUUUUUGAAGACAUCCUCACUAUGCAACAGUUUUCACAAGUGCCUAAAACUUUUGCACAGUACUGUAUAUAUAUAUAUAUAUAUAUAUAUAUAUAUAUAUAUAUAUAUAUAUAUAUAUAGUAACAGGUAAAGGAUGGGCAAGGAGGUGGGAACCAGCAGAACAGUCAACAUAACUUUGACAUAAAAGAACUGAAACAUAACAUGAAACACAUAAUGCACACACACAUAGUGGCUGCGUUGGUCUCUCUCUUGCUCUCGAACUGGUGCCCCCGGCUCGUCUUGUCCCCCUCCCGGCUGAUUAGGUGACUCAGUACCGGCCGUGCACCCUCAUGGCCCGGCCACGCCCUCCUCCUCAUCACACACACACACACACACACACACACACACACACACGCAUAUAUAUAUAUAAGAACCAUUCAAGAAAUGUUGUCCUUUGUCAUGUGCAAUAGUGUGGGUGGGAAAAACUUAAUUCUUUCUUAUUUGACAUUUUUAACACUCUUCGUAGCUGCUCGUGGAACUUUAAUUUUUGUGUUGCCAUGGUAUUGUGUUCUUAUCAAGUGACAUCAAUGUGACAGUGGAUCUUCUGUGAAAAUAGUUUCUUCUAGACUGGCAGGAGGCAGUAGGACCCCUCCUGAUUAGGAGCUGCUGAGAAUGGGGAACUAGGACCAUAACAAAUGAAACAUUUAGGAGUGCUAAUGUAGGACCAUCUCCCCAAAGAAAUUAACUGCAUUCACAGUCUGUGCUUUUGAGCAUUUGCAACCGUACCAAGGAAACAGAAGACAACACAUUAGCUGGAAAAGGGAUCUGGGUCUAUUUCACAUACAGCAGAAAUGCAGAUUCCAUCAACAGCAGAGAGGAGUUGGCAGAAAACUUUCAUACAUAAACCAACUUGUGUAAUUUUGCACUAAGAAUUAUAUUUAAUGAAGAAUUUAGUUAGUAAUAAAGUGGUAACUACUUUAAAUCAUAAGAAAAAUAACUGUUGGUGUAACAGCUCAUUUUAGUGCUAUUUAAAAUGAAAUGGUAUUUUUCUUAAAUGUUACUAUUUCUGUGAUGUAUGUCCUUACCUAUUCACACUUUCACAACAAACUCCAACAAACACGCUUGUUGGGUCAGUGUGUUCACUGUUGGUGUUUUAUGGGCAGUUUGGUUUGAAAAUGUGACCUCCAAAUCACAAUCUCCAUUGUUUAUGUGAACGCGAAAACUUCUUGGCCCCCAUGGCUCCAGAAUCUGAGUUUCGGAGACUGCCUGCGCAACAUGCUAUCAGUAGCUCCACAGGAAAAGGUUAUUAUGGUUGAACUGAUGCAAAAAUUGGGGGAUGGUGCUUGUUAGUAAUUCGGCAGCAUAGGGUUGAUAUCAGGAUACAUUAACUUUCGGAAGCUACAUGACGAUAUCCUGUGUGAUCAUAUUGACCAAACCUGGCACAGACCUUCAUACUGUUCUGACUUGAGUUGUUAUUUCUUUUCUAACUGAUCCGACUUCCAGGAUCCUGACUUUCCAGGCGGGUGAUAAUAUAUCAUAAAAUAACAUUCUAAAUCCAACAGCCAAUUUAGAAUGUUGGUGUUUGUUUGAGUUUGUUGGGGCCAGUGUGAACUGGUCUUAAAUCUGACGUUCCAUCACAGACUUUCACAAAAAAAAACAAAAAAAAAAACGUAAAGACUUAAAGUUGUCCGCAUCAACAAUACGCUAACAUAUUUGACCAAUCCGAAGACUUUCUCAACGAUAUAAUGAAUACUCCAAAGAGCGAAGUUGCAGUAAUAAAGCUUUCAUAAUGAUA